CAUCUUGAUUAGAACAAGUCUUCAUUAAUAUGGUUUGUUUACCGUACGAACAAGUGUAGCUAAACCAAUAUCGUAUGAAUUUAAGAAAAAAUGGGAAAAAAUAUCAACCUGAAUCGUAACCACUACCUAGUUCUUGGGCUCUUGUGUGGCUUUCUCUUUAGUUUUUAUUCACCGCAAGAAACUACGGAAUUUGGAGCAGAAUGUCCUGACGUGACUGAAAGUUCGGAAAAUGCAUUUGUGCUAUUACGCGACGGUGAAUUUGAGCCGCAACUGAAUUUGGAACAGAAACCCAUGAUGGCUAAGAAGGUGGUUAAAAACAUCAUUCGUCCGCGAUAUUAUUAUUCCGAACUUGGUAUUAGAGAGAAACUCUUCGUAGGUGUGCUGACUACGUCGGAAAAUGUGGAAACUAUUGCCACUGCGAUAAACCGAACUGCUGCACAUCUAGUGGAUAAAAUUAAGUUCUUCAUUCACGCUGAUAAUGUCAAGUCUUCGUUUAACUUGAAAAAUAUCGUAGGAUUUACUGAUACUCGUGAACAUCUACGUCCAUUCCAUAUGCUCAAGUACCUUGCAGACAAUUACCUAGAUGAAUACGACUUCUUUUUGCUGCUCACAGAUACAACAUAUGUAAAUGCUCGUAUGGUACGGCGACAACUGCAACACCUUAGCGUUACUCUGGACGUUUACAUCGGUACUAAUAUCGGUUAUGUUACGGAUCAAGAUGAAAACAUCAACGAAUCUAACCAAAAUCAGUACUGCGAUUUGAACGCGGGGAUUAUAUUGAGCAGCGGUCUUAUACGGAAAGUCAGGGCAAAUUUGGAUUGGUGUGUACGGAACGCAGUUUCAAAUUAUCACAGCGUCAACAUAGGAAAGUGUGUAAAAUAUUCGGCUAAAAUUAAAACCUGUCAUCAAUCGUGGCAAGGUGUCGAUAUUACGAGUUAUAACAUUGCAGGUUACAAAAUCUAUCGCGACUUCCAUUUGAUUGCAGAACAAGAAGCGUUUAACAAGGCAGCCAUGGUAUACCCUAUCACCUCCAUGGACGACUUCUAUCUGCUGCAUGCAUACUAUUCACGCGUCCAUUUGAAACAAAAUACAAUCGUGAAGCGACUGUUGCAAAAUGAUGCAAUGCAACUAUCCAAUAGAACGCUGUCUAACGACAUUCUCGAAGUUCGAUGGCCGCUAGGGGUUCCAAAAUCGAACCCCCCAGAAUCACGACACGACGUUGUUCCAUGGGUAACUCUCAAUACAACGCACUCAUUUAUGUGGCAAUCUGAAGUGAACGUAAAGCGUCUAUCAGCAAUCGAUGAGGAAGACAUCCGUAAUGUGUUGAAUAAAACUAUUUUACAUGCUAUUCGAACCCAUCCGGAUGCAGAGUUUCGAGGAAUACACACAGCUUACAAACGUUUUGAUACCGUGCGAGGGAUGGAUUAUCGGCUAUUGCUUAAUUUCUAUGACAGAAAACGUAGGACAAUGGUGCAAAAGAGUUUUGAAGUGAUUAAACCUAUUAGCUUGAUAGAAAUAAUCCCAUCCCCAUAUGUGACUGAAAGUACUCGUGUAGCUUUACUUUUACCCGUAUUUGAGAGUCAAAUCCUAGAAGCGGAGCAGUUUAUGGAACUCUACGAAAAAACUUGCAUGGAAAGCCAGGAUAAUACUUUUCUCAUGCUCAUAUUCUUUUAUCGUGCGGAAACCCCUAGUAAAGGAGAUCAAGAUGUAUUUCUUCCUCUAAAAAAUAUUGCUUUAGCCCUCACAGAGAAACAUAAACAGGAUGGAUCAAGGGUUGCAUGGGUAUCAAUCCGUUUGCCAAUAGAUGAAAGUAUUACAUUCAACAAUAGCAAUCGUUACUCGAGCUCACUCAAUGUUCCACAAACGCUUAUGAAUUUUGUCGCUGUUGAUUUGGCGCUGCGUAAGAUUGGAUUGGAAAGUUUGGUCAUUGUUUGCACCAAUUCUGCAUCAUUUCGUCCUGAUUUUCUAAACCGUGUCCGAAUGAAUACGAUUCAAGGUUUUCAAAUAUUUAGUCCUAUUGGGUUCAUGAUGUAUCCUUGUGAGUGGACUGGUUUAUGCAAACUCUGCGAGAACUGUGAUGUAGGUCAGAGCAGUGGUUAUUUUGAUCAUGAUAAUUAUGAUGUUGUUUCAUUCUACAGCAAUGAUUACGUACUUGCUCGUAAAAAACUCGAAGCAUUGCUCCCAAUUGUUCGAAAUGAUAAGGAUAUUCUAAAUUUUAUUUCAACUAUCUCUUCUCACUAUAGCAACCCUACGAUUUCAAACAUAGCUGAUCUUUUCACUCAAAGUAACAAUAAGAUGCACGUCUUAAGAGCUAUUGAACCAAAUCUUCGUUUUGGGCGAAGUGUAAUUAAUUCUUUAUCAAAAGAUCAUUCUGGUAAACAAAUUUCAGAAUUCCGAUGCUCCAAACAAAAGGAGAAAAAUAAGUGUAUAAAAGUUGCAUCAAAAAAGCAAAUCGGAGAAGUGUUUGUGCAAUACAGUAAACAGUUCGGAAGCCAUGAAUUUGUUUAGAGACACCAUUUUUCUGAAAUCAGAAAAGUAGAUAGCCUACUCGAAAUGGGACCAAUAUUUCACUCAUGUGUUUGUAUAAUUAAUUUUGCAGAAUAGGUGUAGAGUUGUCUUAACCUCUUUCCAAUUUUGUUACCGUUCGUUAUACACGCGUAAAGGCCAUCAAAGAUAUAUUAUCAUAUUAUGCUUCUUUGUUAAAGGGAAUGGAUUGAGAAGUGUCAGGAACCGAGAGGAAACAGGCAUGGUUGUAAGAAAGAUCAAGGCUGAUGAAUAAAAAUUGAUAGACAAAUAUGUCGUAAGUAUUAA